AUGCUUGAACAAACAACAACUUCCAUAUCCAAUUUCUUAAAUAAGCAUCAACAUGGUGCACGCAUAACCUUAACAGCUCUCUCAGCCUCAGUCUUAACAGCUAUGGCCAUACUAGGCUAUCAAAAAAUAACUCGACAUCAUUUGAGAACAGAAGAAACAAAAGAACGAAGAUCGUCCAUCAUUUCUCUAAUUAAUGACGAGUAUGAAGAAAAGGAUCCCUUGGACGAAGCGCUCGUCUUGGAAUUCCUCGCUCGAAACAUUGCAUUUCUCGGCGAAGAAGGUGUAUCAAAGAUUCGUAAAUCGUUUGUUAUCGUCGUGGGUAAUGGGGCCAUUGGCUCAUAUACUUCCUUGAUGCUCGUGCGAUCUGGUAUUCAACAUAUUCGUAUUAUCGAUAAAGACGUGAUCCGUUUAAGAUCCUUGACGUGUCAUGCUGUAGCAAAAGUUGCUGAUGUUGGUAAAAAGAAGGUAGACACAAUGAAGAAGCAUCUAGCACAUAUUGCUCCCAACGCGACAAUAGAGCCAGUGUGCGAAACACUUGGCCCAAACAAUAUGGAUAGCUUAUUAUCGGGUCAACCUGAUUUUGUUGUAGACACGCUAUCUUCUGUGAAGGACAAGGUCUUGUUGGCAAAGUAUUGUAAAGAACACAAUAUAAAGAUUAUCAGUAGCAUCAGCGCACAUGGAAAAGCAGACCCCUCUCAGAUUCAAUUGACAGAUAUUAGCAGCAGUGCGCAAGAUCCACUGGCGCGUAUGUACAGAAGGCAGCUAAGAAAAUACAAGAUAGAUAGAGACAUACCUGUAGUCUAUUCGAUUGAGAAAAACUUGAACUUUGACAAGGUGCCUGAUUUCACCAAGCGAUCAUUACCUGUGUUUGGGCCUAUCGCUAGUAUGUUUGGCAUGUCUUUGACUACCUAUGUCAUUUUACAGUUGGCUGGAUUUACUGCUUAUGAAUUACCAGAGACAAAAGGACGUGAUGGUGUCUAUUCACGUAUCCAAAAGGAAGUUGCAAGAAAAGAAGAAGCUGUUUAUGGCAAUAAAACGGACAUUCUUGAUGUUGAUGAUAUUGGAUACAUAUUUGAAGAGCUGUGGCAAGGAAAGAGUGCAUUUUCAGAUACAUUGGACAGAGCACUUGUUAUGACUAGAUGGGAUAGAUCAAAGCCAUGUAGUUAUACAAAUACUAUUCUUGUAACAAAACAAGAAGCAAAGGAUCAUGAAGCUCUUCCAGAAGAAACUGAUCUUCACGCACAUUAUGGCCCAAUUGCCGAAUAUGUAGAAAAGCAGCUUAAUCUAGAAAAGAAAGUUCAACAGCUUUGGGAAUCAUGUCAAUAA